CUGGCUGCAGUUCCCAGCUGGGCUCGUGACCGUUAGUUUCUCCAGCAGCGGCUCGGUCGGUCAGGAUCGGUUCUCUCUGCGGCGGCUUCGCUCUUCUCCUCCCCGCUCCGGGCAGCAGUUCCCCGGCGUGGACCCAGCCUCUUCUCUCGGUCCCUCCGGACCUUAAACCCUCUUCACACCCCUUCCAACGGAGUUCGGUUCAGCUCGGAUCAGACUCUGUAUCUCUUUUAAAGUUUAUUAUUAUUAUUAUUUCUGGUUCUGGUUUGCUUCCUCCCGGAUCAAUAUGGGCUGGAUAGUUCCGGUUCUGGUCUCAGUCAUCUGUGCCAAGUUAACGGCUGGAGUUCCGGACGGAGCGGACGUUCAAGUGAUCGACGUGCUGAGUCUUCAGGACUCCAAGCAGACCGUCGCAGCGGUGGAGAAGCUGUCGGGCGGUCUGAGCGCGCUCAGUGACAUCUACGUGGUGUCGACGUUCCGGCUGCCGGUGAAGCUGGGAGGAGUGCUGCUGGGCCUCUACAGCAAGCAGGACAACAGGAAGUAUCUGGAGGUGGCCAUCAUGGGCAAGAUCAAUAAAGUCCUGGUCCGUUAUGUCAAAGCUGACGGGAAGAUCCACACGGUCAACCUGCAGAACCCCAACCUGGCCGAUGGACGGACUCACUCCAUCAUCGUCAGACUCGGCGGCCUUCAGCGGAACAACAUGAUGCUGGAGCUCUAUGCCGACUGUCGAUUGGCCGACUCCAGCGAGGGCCUCCCGCCAUUGGUUCCUCUGCCCAGAGAGGCGGAGAUGGUGGAGAUCAAACAUGGACAGAAGUCCUACGUCCGACUCCAGGGCUCGGUGGAGUCCCUCCGUCUGGCUCUAGGGGGCACCGUUGCGAAAGCAGGAGCUCUGACUGACUGUCCGUUCCAAGGAGACUCCUCAGCCUACAACUCAGUGAGCGGGGAGGUCAACUCCAUCCUGGGUGAUCACGCCAAAGCUCUGAUCAGUCAGCUCAUCAUCUUCAACCAGAUCCUGGGAGAGCUGCGGCAGGACAUCCGAGAACAGGUAAAGGAGAUGGCUCUGAUCAGGAACACCAUCCUGGAGUGUCAGGUCUGUGGUUUCCAUGAGCCGCGUUCCCGCUGCUCUCCAAACCCCUGCUACAAAGGUGUGUCCUGCAUGGAGAGUCUGCAGUUCCCUGGAUACACCUGUGGACCCUGUCCACCCGGUACCACAGGAAACGGGACGCACUGCAAGGACAUUGAUGAGUGUGAGCUGCAGCCUUGUUUUUCUCCUGAAGCCUGUGUGAACACGGUGGGGGGGUUCAGCUGUAAACCAUGUCCUCCAGGCCUGUGGGGGGCGCCGCUGGUUGGAACUGGACUGGACUACGCUAAGAUGCACAAACAGGAAUGUGUGGAUAUUGAUGAGUGUGUUGAUCUGCCUGAAGCCUGCGUGUCCAACUCUGUCUGCAUCAACACGGUGGGUUCCUACAAAUGUGGAAGCUGUAGACCAGGUUUCCUUGGCAACCAGACGGCAGGCUGCUUCCCCAGAAAGUCAUGUGCUUCAUUGACCUUUAACCCCUGUGACACCAACGCCCACUGCGCCAUGGAGAGGAAUGGAGAGGUCUCCUGCAGGUGUAACGUGGGCUGGGCUGGAAACGGGAACACGUGUGGGACGGACACGGACAUCGACGGUUAUCCGGACCGCCCUCUGCCCUGCAUGGACAACGACAAACACUGCAAACAGGACAACUGUUUGUACACUCCAAACUCUGGUCAGGAAGACGCAGACAACGACGGGAUCGGAGACCAGUGUGACGAGGACGCAGAUGGAGACGGCAUCAGGAACGUGGAGGACAACUGCCGUCUGGUUCCUAACAAAGACCAGCAGAACUCAGACAGCGACUCGUUUGGAGACGCUUGUGAUAACUGUCCCACCGUCCCCAACAGCGACCAGAAGGACACCGACAACAACGGACAGGGAGACGCCUGUGACCAGGACAUCGAUGGGGACGGAAUUCCCAACGUCCUGGAUAACUGUCCCAGGGUGCCGAACCCGAUGCAGACAGACCGGGACAGGGACGGAGUCGGAGACGCCUGCGACAGCUGUCCUGAACUCAGCAACCCGAUGCAGACGGACAUCGACAACGACCUGGUGGGAGACGUCUGUGACACCAACCAGGACACGGACGGGGACGGCCACCAGGAUAGCAGAGACAACUGUCCAGACAUCCCCAACAGCUCCCAGCUGGACUCUGACAACGACGGGCUCGGAGACGACUGUGACCACGACGACGACAACGACGGCGUCCUGGACGACUAUGACAACUGCAGACUCAUCGUCAACCCCAACCAGAAAGAUUCUGAUGUGAACGGUGUUGGAGACGUCUGUGAGAACGACUUUGACAACGACGCUGUGAUGGAUUUAGUAGACGUGUGUCCAGAGAGUGCUGAGGUCACUCUGACGGACUUCAGAGCCUAUCAGACGGUGAUUCUGGACCCGGAGGGAGACGCCCAGAUUGACCCCAACUGGGUGGUCCUGAAUCAGGGUAUGGAGAUCGUCCAGACGAUGAACAGUGAUCCAGGAUUAGCCGUGGGCUAUACGGCAUUUAACGGCGUCGACUUUGAGGGAACGUUCCACGUCAACACGGUGACAGACGACGACUAUGCCGGCUUCAUCUUCGGCUACCAGGACUCCUCCAGCUUCUACGUGGUGAUGUGGAAGCAGACGGAGCAGGCGUACUGGCAGUCCGUCCCCUUCAGAGCCAUGGCGCAGCCCGCCCUGCAGCUCAAGGCUGUGAAGUCCCGGACCGGACCAGGUGAGUUUCUGAGGAACGCUCUGUGGCACACUGGAGACACACCUGGAGAAGUGACACUGCUCUGGAAAGACCCCCGAAACAUCGGCUGGAAGGACAAAACCUCAUACCGCUGGCAGCUCAGCCACCGGCCACAGGUGGGAUACAUCAGGGUGAAGCUGUUUGAGGGGAUGGACAUGGUGGCGGACUCCGGCGUCGUCGUAGACACCACGAUGAGAGGAGGCCGGCUCGGAGUCUUCUGCUUCUCCCAGGAAAACAUCAUCUGGUCCAACCUGCGCUACCGAUGCAACGACACGGUUCCCGAGGACUUCAAGUCUCAUCGUCAACAGGUUCUGAUGCACAUUCAGGUCUGAGAGCUGUAGAUGGACCGUUCACACACACACACAGCCUCAGCCUCUGGGAAUCCGUGUAGCUGUAGUUUGAAUCCGAGCCAAGAGUAAACACCCCAACAUUUAAACCCGGCUCGGCUCAUCAAACCCGGAUCAUCAGACGAGCUUACAGCUGGAUUCGCCAACUAUUCAUAUUUAUUUUAUUAUUUUUAUAUCUACAGAAGUAAAAUCUUGUUUUACUGUAAAGCUGUGCACCGCUCACUGUUUCCAUAGCAACCAGAAGCUGUAAGGAUGGAGAGAAGUGUGAAGGAGUUCUGCUCAGCUGUGGCUGUCGGCAUGUUUAUUUUGCAGAAACAGAAAACAGCUGAUUGGUCAUGUGACUUCAAGUUUCAAUAAGUCAAACAGUUGCUUCCACCCCUCAUCAUCAUCAUCAUCAUCAUCUACAAGUACUUAGCUGCGUUAGCUAGCUGGACAAACUUACUGAGAACUCAGUGUUGCAUCUCUUUCCUUCACACACCACAAACAGCUGCCCAUCCUUCGUCCUGUGACUGUCUUUCCUUCGUUUUCUUCUUCUAAGCUUCACUGAGAAACUUCCUCGAUGCCAUGACGCCGUUUUUAUAUCCUCUAACGGGAAUGACGGGUCACUCACCCUGACAUUGGAGUCCAGCCACAAAAACUCCAGCAAGAGUCGAUCAAUCUGGCUUAUUUUACUCUCAUACCCUACAUUCAUCUUUAAACAUAGAAGGAACAAAGUCAAGUCAUUUUAAUUCUCCUCAGGUGAAGCUGAAUUUUCAGCUUCGAGGCCCCCUAGUGGCUGGAGGGGCCGACGCUUUUCCAAAGUCCGUUUAUAACAAGAAACAUUAAAUAGGAGAAUUGAGUGGAAAUGAAACGAGCUAAAAUGGAAACAGACGUACAAAUACAGUGAGGUCUGAUACAAACAGAUGUCAACGGGAAAUACACCUUCAUCAUCAUCAUCAUCAUCAUUAAAGAUGUGAAAUGUCUCCAAGAAGCAAGGAAUGGAACUGCACUUUCAUUUAUUCAAGCUUUUACUAUUUCCAUAACCUGGAUGGCUGAGAAUCUACACCAACAUAGACUUCAGGAAUAGUUCUCCAGGAUCCUUGAAGGACUUCCCAAAACUCGUCUUUGGGUGUUUCUGCCUUUUGUUCCCUUCUCUGUACAGAUAAUCCCGCACUGGUUCAACAAUGUUGAGGUUCUGGUUCUGGAGAGGAUCCGUCCCUCCAUCCAACCAGUUGAGGACUGGGUUCUGGGGAGGAUCCAUUGCUCCAGCAGACCCGUUGAGGUCUUGUACAGUUUCUGCCUCCAGGCUGAGAUAAGCCAAGUUUCCAGCUACCAGGUCUUUGGGAAUCACCUUGUUGUGGCUAAAAUCCUGUUUUCUUUCUGUCAGACUGUCUGAUCUUUGCUGGUUUUCACAGAUCUACAGAAGAUCCAGUUUAUCUCUGUUCUUUGUUAAGUUGUCUGUUAUCAAAUCAAAUCAAACUUUAUUUAUAAAGCCCUUUUCAUACCAAAAGCAAUACAAAGUGCUUUACAAGAUAAAGAAAAAAGAUUUAAGAACAAUUCAAUUCAUGCAUAUUAAAAACAAAAUAAGCCUUUACACAUCAAAACUGAAUUACCUAAAAAUGAACCCACAUCAACACACAUUAAUUAAAAUGUGUGUUAUGGUGAUUAUGGUGAACGAGUCAUAGUUCAGAGUAAAGUUCUUUUGAAAAUGGUCCGGUACGAGGACUGGACUGGAAAUGGAGGAAAAGGCAGAAAAUAUCCAAAGAAAAACUUUAAAAGACCUUCGGAAAGCUGGAGAUUUAUUGAUGAAGAUCACUUUAAAACGAUCACAACAAAGUCAAAUAUAAAGAAAUGAGGACCAGAUCAGGAAUUUUACACACCUGUAAACAUGGAGCACAGCAUAAGGGUUCUGGCAACAUCACCAGAAGGAUCUUCUUCUGUGGGAAAACUUUAGUAACUCAAAGUAAAACCCCAGUGUCACAUUUUCUUUGUAACUCAGACUAAAAGAAGAAACACUGAGUGACGCUCUGUCUUCCAGCAGGAUGAAGGUGGACCAGGUGAUUCUCACCUGAACCACAGCCGGCUAUCAAAGAUUCAACGUGCUGGAGCUCACUGAGCUGUACGCCAUGUUUAAUGGUGGACAACCCGCCCUCAUCUAAAACUGCGUUUCCAUUACAGUUUUUCACAAAAUACAAGAGAAAUUUCUAGAAGUCAAACUGUGAUUUGCAGGUGUUUCAUUGAACGGUGUUUAGUUAUUCUCGUAAAAUCUCGUCCCUCGAGACUUUGAGAAAUUUCUAAUUCUUUGUAAACUCUGCAUUUUGCAGCUGUUUGCUAUCAAGGAUGUAAAAAGAUUUCUGUCUAGUACUAUGUCUACUCAUGCGAUCUUCACUUGAAACGAACUGGUCACAUGACCCCCUAUGUCACGCCAGGGGACGUGUAAAUUACACUUUUAAAAAACACUUCUAUAUCGACACGUCUGGAAAGCACCUCAUGAACAAUGAAUCUGUUUCUGUUAAAAACUGCGUCAGACUCACUGAACUGGAUCAAUCUGGUUCGGAUUUUCUGCAGACUCAGCGGUUUCUAGACUUCGGUUGUUUGACUCGAGUUUCUUCAGACAAACACGACCUCCUGUCCAGAACUCCGGUUACACCUCAUCAUUAAAUGUGAUGUUUAGAAAGCCUUCAGGUUGCUGACGGAUAAAUAUUGUUCAUCUCUGAACAAGAAAACUCCCCGAAGAUGAAGGAGGAGAUCCAGUUUGCUCAAAACAACAAAUUAUCAUCGACAUAGACGCCUCUGCUGAGUCUUUGCUUUGAAAAUUCAUAUUUAUGUCCUGUUUUUGUUGAAAUAAAAGCUUUCCUACAACAACGGCUUCAUAUUUCUUGAUUCUUCCAGCAGAAAGUCUCAGAACAGCUCGUCAAACUGUUUCUGAAAGAAGCUCCUCUUAGGCCGUCGCUCUGCAGCGCCCCCUGCAGGUUGUGGUGCAACACGUCGCUCGUGGACCGAAACCAAAGUCUGGAUCAGACAAAUUUACCAAAACAAAAGAAAAUCCUCUUACAAACUAACAUCUACACUAACGAGAGUAAAGUCCGGUUUGAAAUGGAUCUGGUGCAGACCUGGUUCUGGUGCUGGACAGAAACAUGUU